GUCGAACCCUAAUUUCAUUUCGGGAGUUCGAGUCCGGAGGCGCGGCAUAAACCCUAGAGGAGGAGGAGGAGGAUCGUCGGGCAUCUGCAACCAUGGGUAUUUCUCGUGAUUCUAUGCACAAAAGACGUGCAACUGGAGGCAAGAAGAAGGCGUGGAGGAAGAAGCGAAAGUAUGAGCUCGGAAGACAGCCUGCCAACACAAAGAUCUCCAGCAACAAGACUGUUAGGAGGGUGAGAGUUCGUGGUGGUAAUGUGAAGUGGCGUGCCUUGAGGUUGGAUACCGGUAACUACUCGUGGGGAAGUGAGGCAGUGACACGAAAGACUCGUAUUUUGGAUGUGGUUUACAAUGCAUCCAACAAUGAGUUGGUCAGGACCCAGACCCUGGUGAAGAGUGCAAUCGUUCAGGUUGAUGCUGCACCAUUUAAGCAAUGGUAUCUUCAGCACUAUGGUGUUGACAUUGGUCGCAAGAAGAAAGUAGCUGCUUCUGUGGCCAAAAAAGAGGGAGAGGAAGCAGAAGGUGCAACCGAGGAGGCCAAGAAAAGUAAUCAUGUUGUGAGGAAACUUGAGAAACGACAAGAGGAGCGCAAACUUGACCCACAUGUUGAAGAACAAUUCUCCGGUGGACGUCUUUUAGCAGCAAUCUCAUCACGCCCUGGCCAGUGUGGUCGUGCUGAUGGAUACAUAUUGGAAGGCAAAGAGCUUGAAUUCUACAUGAAGAAGCUUCAAAAGAAGAAAGGAAAGGGUGCUGCUGCUUAAAUCUCUUUUUAUAGAUUUGUAUCUCUUUUUUCUAUUAAUUUUUUUUGUUGAGGGAGGAUAUUUUGUUGAGCUUUCUUAGUUAACAUCGACUUUUAUGAAUAUCGGUAGAUGUUUGGUGAACUGCUGCUUACAUUUUUGCAUGAUUGAUAUGAAGUUUAGCAUUAAGAACGAUAUAAUUUGGUUU